CGAAGGGACGGAGCGGGUCGGGCCCGGCGCGCGAGGGGGGCGGCCCCAACCCGGCUCCAUCCCCCGCCUCCGCCGUCCCGGAGGGCUCCGGGACCCUCCCCGGACCCUCCCCGGCCUCCGCAGCGACCCCUGCCUGCGGCCACCGGCGGCGAGAGAGGGGGGGGGGAAGACGCCUCCGCCCGGCUUCUCUUCCACCACCUCCCUCCCUCCCUCCUCCUCCCCCCCUCCUUCCCCUCAGCGAGCCAAGAUGGAGCGCGGCCGCUGAGAUUGCCCGCUACGAUAUCCGCCGUCAUCCGCCGCUCCGAGCGCGGCUCCUCGCCUCUUCCACCGCAGCCGAGGCCGCCGGGGGCCGGCAGCGACUCGGCCGAGCUUGUAUCGAGCGGAUCGCGCCGCGUUCGGCGGGUCCGGUGAGGCUCCGAAGGGACGAUCCCCCCCCUUGGCUCUCCCCGCUCCGUUGCCGUGUGUGUGUGUGUGGCCCCCCGGUGCAUCCCCUCAGAGCGCGCCGCCAUUUUCGCCGCGCCCCGUGGAUGUGAGGCCGCGCUCGGUUCUUUUUUUAUUUCCCCCCUCCUUCAUCACCUUCCACCGCUUCUGCCGCCGCUUGAGGAGCUCGGAAAGGGGAGGGGGCUCCCUUCAAGACCCCCCUCCCCUGGUACCGGGGAUGCGCUGACGCUGGAAGGGCCCAAAGCGGGCCGGGAGCGGUGAAGCUUUGGCCGGGCAAAGUGGGGGGCUCGUCGGAGGAGACGGCGGGAGGAGGAGGAGGAGGAGACGAAGGCCAGGCGGGCCCGAGGGCCUCAGCAGCAGCAGCAGCAGCAGCCGCCGGGAUGUUGCAGAAUGUGAAUCCCCAGAGCAAAAUUUUAGGCGAAGGCAAUGCCGCCCUCAUGGCUCUGGACUCGGCAGCGCCGGGCAAGCGCAUCCGCAAGCCCUCGCUGCUGUACGAGGGCUUCGAGAGCCCCACGAUGGCGUCGGUGCCGUCGCUGGCGGCGCCGGCGGCGAAUCCUCCUCCCCCCGAGGUGUCGAACCCCAAGAAGCCGGGCAGGGUCACCAACCAGCUCCAGUACCUGCACAAGGUGGUGAUGAAGGCGCUCUGGAAGCAUCAGUUCGCCUGGCCCUUCCGGCAGCCCGUGGAUGCCGUGAAACUCGGCUUGCCGGAUUACCACAAGAUCAUCAAGCAGCCGAUGGACAUGGGCACCAUCAAGAGGAGGCUGGAGAACAAUUAUUACUGGGGGGCAGCCGAGUGCAUGCAGGACUUCAACACCAUGUUCACCAACUGCUACAUCUACAACAAGCCCACGGAUGACAUCGUGCUGAUGGCGCAGACGCUGGAGAAGCUUUUCCUGCAGAUGGCUCAGAUGCCCCCGGAGGAGACGGAGCUGCUGCUGCCCCUGGCCAAGAACAGCCACAAGAAAGGGGCAGCCAGGGCUGCAGCUCUGCUGGCGGGUCUGACGAGCGCAGCCCAGCAGGUGCCGGCCGUGUCGUCGCUGUGCUCCCAGCCGCCCUCGGCGUUCCCCGGCGCCGAUCUCCCCACGGCCGCCGCCAUCGUCACCAUCGCGCACCCGUCGGUGAUCGCGGCGCCGCUGCUGAAGCCGCUGCAGCACCCCGGCAUCAACAACCCCAACAACCCCAAUAACAACCCCAAUAACAACCCUAAUAAUCCUAAUAAUAAUCCUAAUAAUAUCAGUAAUAUCAAUAGUAUCAAUAACCCCGGGAACCCCGGCGUCCUGGCGGCUCCCGCGCCCACACAGCCCCUGGCCAAGAAAAAGGGCGUGAAGCGGAAAGCCGACACCACCACGCCGACCACCACGGCCAUCAUCGCCACCAGCACCGGCGGCGGCGGCGUCGGCGAAUCGUCCCCGUCGGCCGACGGCGCCAAAGCCGCCAAAAUCCCGGCGCGGCGCGAGAGCGGCCGGCCCAUCAAACCGCCCCGCAAGGACCUGCCCGACUCGCAGCAGCACCAAACGUCCAAGAAGGGCAAACUCUCGGAGCAGCUCAAGUAUUGCAACGGCAUCCUCAAGGAGCUGCUCUCCAAGAAACACGCCGCCUACGCGUGGCCCUUCUACAAACCCGUCGACGCGUCGGCGCUGGGGCUGCACGAUUACCAUGAGAUUAUUAAACAUCCCAUGGACCUCAGCACCAUCAAGCGGAAGAUGGAGAACCGGGAUUACCGCGACGCGCAGGAGUUCGCCGCCGACGUGCGGUUGAUGUUCUCCAACUGCUACAAGUACAACCCGCCCGACCACGACGUGGUGGCCAUGGCCAGGAAGCUCCAGGACGUGUUUGAGUUCAGCUACGCCAAGAUGCCGGACGAGCCGCAGGAAUCGGGCGCGGCCUCGGCGUCGGCGCCGCUGCCGGCGGCCAAAUCCUCGUCCGAGGAAUCGUCCAGCGAGGAGGACGAGGAGGAGGAGGAGGAGGAGGAGGAGGACGAGGACGACGAGAGCUCGACGGAAACGAGCUCCGAGAGCGACGAGAGCUCCGACUCCGAGGAGGAGAGGGCAAACAGGCUGGCGGAGCUGCAGGAGCAGCUGCGGGCGGUGCACGAGCAGCUGGCGGCGCUGUCGCAGGGCCCCGUGGCCAAGCCCAAGCGGAAGAGGGAGAAGAGGAAGAAGAAAAAGUCGGAGAAGCACAAAGGGAGAGCGGGGCCCGACGACGAGAGCCGGGCACGGCAGGGCCAGAGCAGGAGGGCCCGGAAAAACGGGGCUGCCACGGCAAACAGACCUUCUAAGAAAUCCUCCAAGCCGCCCCUCCCGCUGGCGCCUUCCUCGCUGCUGGACUCUGAGGAAGAGGAGGAAUCGAAGCCGAUGUCGUACGACGAGAAGCGGCAGCUGAGCCUGGACAUCAACAAACUGCCCGGGGAGAAGCUGGGCCGGGUCGUUCACAUCAUCCAGAGCCGCGAGCCCUCGCUCAGGGACUCCAACCCCGAGGAGAUCGAGAUCGACUUCGAGACGCUCAAACCCUCCACGCUCAGGGAGCUCGAGAGAUACGUGCUGUCGUGUCUGAGGAAGAAACCCAGGAAACCCUACAGUGAGACCCUGAAGAAGCCGGUGGGGAAGACGAAAGAGGAGCUGGCCCUGGAGAAGAAACGGGAGCUGGAGAAGCGGCUGCAGGACGUCAGCGGGCAGCUCAACUCGGCCAAAAAACCCCCAAAAAAGGCCAACGAGAAGCCGGAGUCGGCGGCGGCGGCCGCGUCGCGUCUGAGCGCCUCCAGCUCCAGCUCGGACUCGAGCAGCUCUUCCUCCUCCUCCUCCUCCUCGGACACCAGCGACUCGGAUUCCGCCUGAACUCCCUCCCAAAAUCCUGCAAAAAACACAAAAAAAAAUCCUGGCAAAAAAACUGAAGAAUUCCCGGGAAAAAAACGUAAAAAAAUCGGGGGGAAAAUGUAAAAAUUUGGGGAAAAAAAUGGGAUUUUUUGGGGUGAAAAUGGGAUUUUUUUUGGGGGUAAAGGGAGGGGUUGAGGUGGAAUUCCUGGAGAAAAUUCCCAGAAAAAAAUUCCUGGAGAAAAAGUGAAAAUUCCUGGAGAAAAUGUAAAAAAUUGGGGGAAAAUUGGGGAAAAAAUGUAAAAAUUUGGGAAAAAAUGGGAUUUUUUUGGGGUAAAAAUUGGAUUUUUUUGGGGAGGGAAUGGAGAAUUGGAGGUGGAAUUCAUGGAAAAAAUUCCCAGAAAAAAUUCCUGGAAAAAAAGUAAAAAUUUGGGGGAAAAAUUUGGGAAAAAAUGGGAUUGAGGUGGAAUUCCUGGAGAUAUUCCCAGAAAUAAAUUCCUGGAAAAAACGAAAAAAAUGUGGGGAAAAAAUGUAAAAAAAUUGGGAAAAAAAUUAGAUUUUUUGGGGUAAAUAAGGGAGGGAAUAGAGAAUUGGAGGUGGAAUUCCUGGAAAAAAAUUCCCAGAAAAAAAAAAGAAAAAUUCCUGGAGAAAAUGUAAAAAGUUGGGGGAAAAUUGGGGAAAAAAUUUAAAAAUUUGGGAAAAAAUGGGAUUUUUUUGGGGUAAAAAGAAAGGGGUUGAGGUAAAAUUCCUGGGAAAAAUUUACUUUUAUAAUUGAAUUUUAAAGUUAAAAAAACAGGAAAAGAGGCAAAAAAAAAUUUCCAUAAUUUGGGGGUAAAAAGGAUUUUUUAAUUGGGGAUUUUUAAGGGGGAAAUCCUAAAAAAAUCCUUAAAAAAUCCUUUAAAAAUAUUUAAAAAUUCCUUAAAAAUUGCUUGAAAAACCUGCUAAAAUUCCUUUAAAAAUCCUAAAAAAAACCUUAAAAAUUAAAUGUAAAGUAAAUGAGAAAUUGCAAAAAAAAAAAGGCAGAAAAAAUCCAAAAUUUGGGGCUAAAAAUUGAAUUUUUUCCCCUUUUUUUCCUUAAAAAUAGAAAAUUUUCUUCCCUUUUAUUUCCCCUAAAAAUUGAAUUUAUUUUUCCCUAAAAAUUGGAAUUUUUCCUUUUUUUUCCCACUAAAAAUUAAAAUUUUGUUCCCUUUUAUUUUCCCCUAAAAAUUGGAGGUUUUUUCCCCUAAAAAAUUAAAAUUUUCUUCUCUUUUAUUUCCCCGAAAAAUUGAAUUUUUUUACCCUAAAAUUUCCAUUUUUUCCCAUUUUCCCAGUUUGUUCCAGACAAAAAUCCAAAUUAAUUUCAUUUCUGGGAAAAUUUAAUUGAUUUUCUGGGAAAUUUCCACCAAAAUCUCCAGGAAUAAAAAAAUAAAAUUAAUUCAAAAAAUAAAUUAAAUUUAAAAGGGGUUUUGGGGGAAUUUUUUUAUGUUAAAAUUUUUUAUUUUAUUCCUUUUUUUUUUCUUUUUUUUCUGAUUUUUGGGGGGUUUUAUUUUGCUUUUUUUGGGGGUUUUUCCAAUUUUUUCCCAUUUUUCCUUCUCCUCUUUCCCAUUCCCUUUUUGCCCUUUUAGGAUUUCGUGGUUUUGGGAUUUUUUUUUUUUUUCCUAGAAAAAAGAAGAAAAAAAAAUGACAAAAAAAAAGUGGAAAAAAAAGAGAAAAAAAAAUCCUUUGGAAUUCUUGGAUGGUGUAAAUAAAGAAAAUAUUAUUCCA